CCCGGUCGUGUCUGCGGUCGACUCCUCUCCCGUUCCCGGGAGACCCCACCUUCAUUUCGUCUCUCUUUUGUACAUCACACUCGCUUGACGAUCGCUGCACCCACCGGACAGGGAACGAACGAAUAGCACAAACAUGUCCGAAGCUGCUGUUGACUUCCACAGGCGCGGCGCCCACCGUCGUCUCGCCGGCCGCGAUUUCUUCCAGAGCAUGGCGUCGGUCUUUGGUGGUGGUGACGAUAAUGACGACGGUGCCAACGGAGUAGGCCCUGCUUCGGUCGAGAAGACCGCAACUUCGACAUCCACCACCGCUAAACAGACCCCAGAAACUGAAAAACCCACCGCUACAACCUCGAGCACCGAGAAGACAACAUCAUCCACGCAGAAGACCUCGCAGACCCCUACCUCUUUGUCUGCUAGCAGCACUUCGUCUUCGUCGUCGAAGAGCUCUUCUAGCUCUAGCUCGUCGUCCUCGUCCUCGUCGUCUUCGUCUUCCAAGAGCUCGUCUUCGUCGUCGACGCAGUCGAGCACCACUUCCACGACGCCGUUGACCACCUCCAGCACGCCGGCCACGACGUCGGCGCACUCGACGCAUUUCGUUACGUCUUUUGUCGCUUCAGCAGCUACUUCUCUGCCGGCGACUCUUACCGGUGCGGCUGCUGCCGCCUCGUCCUCCGCUGGCGGUUCCUCUGCGAGCACCGGCGCUGUAAUUGGCGGUGUUGCUGCUGGUAUUAUUGGAGUUGCUGGUCUCGUCUUCGCCGCUGUGUUCCUUAUGCGCCGCAAGAAGAGGGAGGCCCCGCUGGACGACGACUUUAACCCGUACAACAAUUUCAAGCACCAGUCUGUCAUCCUGCCCGACGAAGGCAUGCUCUCGCGCACGAGCUCCAUCAACCGCACCUACACCGAGCCCGACGACCGCUCGCUGGGUAUGGAGCAGACCGUCGCCGCCGUGCCGCCGUCUUUCGGCGGGUCUUACGCAGGCUACGGCGGGGAGAACAACUACUACAACCACCCGUAUGCGCCGUACCAGGGACAGUACAACUACAGUUCGAACAACGCCGGGCAGUACAUGAACAACCCGUCUACGCCGAGCACGCCAUAUGCGGCGACGCCGACGUCGGCUACGCCGUUCAUGAACAAUAACUCGCCCUACGGCGUGAUCUUCCAGGCCCCUGGGUCCCCCGUCACUCGUCAGCCGUCUAACGGAGCUGGGCAGUACCUGAACCGCCAGCCGUCUAUGGGUACCAUGCACAACGUGCAUGAGCCAAUGGCGCCUGAUGCUGCGCUUACUCGCCAGCCGUCCACGGGCACGACGCUCAGCCGCCAGCCUACCAACAUAAUGGCCAACACCAACGCGAGCCUGUACCGCCAGCCUUCGGACCUCGUCGCUGAUAUCCUACAACGCCAGCGCAACAGUCAGCAUCAGGGCGAGCACCAGGUCGGGGCGGACGCGCACUACGUCGACUUAAACCGGUCGAGCGUGACACCGUUCCAGGCGCAGCAGUACUCGGAGAUCUCGCGUCGUCUGAAUAUACCGGCCCCGGGUGCUCUGCCGUCUCCUGACGAGAAGGCCGAGCUUCCUCCCGUGCCCAAGUACGAGAAGGAUCUCCCCGCGCAGCGCGCCUCCGAGAACGCUGCCUCGCCCUUCGCCGACCCCGAGGACGACGGGCAGGACCUGACGAUUCCAGGCCACCCGCACGUCGUCGAGUUCCCGAUGACGCCGCAGACGGACGAGUCGUUCGGGCCGCUGCCCUCGCCCGGGCACUUCGCCGUCGCGCCGCCGUCGCCGAGGUACGAGCCUCCCCUGCCGUCGCCCGCGUUCGCGAUAGACCGGGUGCCGUCGACGCCGCCCAUCCUGCCCGAGAUCCACCUCCAGGAGCGCGCGUUCUCGCCCGGGCCUGCGGCGCACUACCCCGACGCCCCCGUGUCUGCGCAGCCCGCUGCGAGCUUCGACCUCCCCAGCCCGUUGCCGCAGGCGCACUUUUAUGACUCGAAGCCGAAUACCCCUACUACUGCCACGGGUGCGCGCCCGCCGAGCCCCGGGAAGCUCGCCCCCGAGGCCGCGCGCGCGGGAGUGCACGGCGUGAAGAGGCCGGACACCGUGUAUAGCAUCGCGGACGAGGAGGAUGCGUACGGCGGGUUCUAGUCCCUGUGCUCAUCCACGCGCGAACGGCCCUGAUAAUUCACGGGCCGGUGUACAAAGCCUCACUUAAACAACAUCUCCAAUUCUGUCCA